AUAUAUUUAAAGGGUCAUGAAACCCCCCUCUUUCAGCUCAAGUCUAGCUCACAAUCUUUUUGAAAAAUGCAACUGAAAUGGGCGUGGUGGCUGUGAGAAGGCGGGAGGGGAGUGGGUGUGGUACGGCAGGAGAGAGGAGAGGAGAGGGGAGGGAGGAAACUCUCAUCGCCAGCAUAUCGACUGUCACUAAAAAUAAGUGGUAAAACGUGAGGAAAUACUAAUAAAAAAAUAAAAAAAACUGGAAAAGUUAAAAUCUAAUUAAAUACACUGACACUUUAUUUUUGUCUUUUCAAGAGUUACUGAAUGCCCUGCUACAUAUAUCCUACAGUAAUCGUAAUUCUAUUUAAAACAUAUUAAUGUACAUGAGUAAUUACAGUCAUUAUAAAAUAUAAAGUUGUUUAUAUACACACUAUGAAUGCAUAUAUUUGAAAAAAAAAAAUAACGCUUAAAAAAAAACAUUGCGUACAUAGCAUAGAUCUACGCGCCCGCUGAACCCCAAAUAAAGAUGGACAGUGACAUAGAAAUUUGCAGUGGCAGCAGUACGCAGGGCUCUGUGGAGGUGGAGGACUUCUCUCCUCCUGAUUCCCAAGGGCUAAAUGGAGAUAUACUAGAUGGCAGUGCAGGUCCUCUGCCCUAUCAAUUUGAGCCAAUAGCCCCAGCCGUGACUGUGGACGAAAACAUGGACGAACCGGAGGCUGUGCGGAUGGGAGAAGUGUCAGAAUGGUGUACUUGUGGUCACUGUACCAGGCUGUCUCCAAGAGAAAACUUGUGCUGUAGAGAGGUGGCACAGGUGAUGCACAGAUGUGAGCAGGUUGGUGGGGCAGCAUGCAUAACUGCUCAUCCAGGUUUUGAACCUGUCGCCCUAAACACAUUUGUUUUGCAAGCUGUUUAUGGCACAUAUCGCCAGCUCUAUGGUGACAUGGAGAACACAGUCCUCAAUAGUUGCUACAGACACCUGGCCUAUAGGAAUUUUGUCCGGUGGUGCUGGGGGUACCUUGGCCGACACAUUAGGGUGGUGAUUCCUUCGUGUGCUGUUACCCGCAUCAGAGAGCAGUUCCCUGACAACACUGGAACCUAUUCAGGUUUUCAACCCCCUCCCCUUGACUAAAAUAAAGAACUUAUCAUU